AUGAUCCCUGUAAACCUUUUCCUGUAAAAAAUAAAAACCAAAAAUAAUCGAAAUAAAAACAAUUUAAAGGGGUUUAGUCCAAUAUUUAAGAAAGACCAAAAUUUAUCAUAUUAAUUAACUAAAUUAGAUAAUGGAAUAUAAAUAUUAACCGAAAAUGGUGGUUUUCCAUUUCAUAGUGAUAUAGGUUUACUAGUAUAAGUAGGAACAAGAAAUGAAGAAACAUAAACAGGAGGAGCAAUAAAAAUGUUAAAUCAUCUUCAUUUUAUGAGUGAAAAUGCUUUAGAAAAUUACGAAUUAAAUCAAUAAAAUGGAGGAGGUUUAGUUAUGUCUUCUGAUCAUGAAACUACUUAUUUUAAAUGUUCUUGUGUAGAAAGUGAUAUUGAAUAAAUGUUUGAUUUAAUGUUAAAAACAUCUAUCUAAACAAAGGACUUUUCUAUAUUUAAGCCUGAUAUUUUAGAAGAAUAAAAAAAUUAAAUUAUUUUUGAAGAAUAAAUUCUAAAGGCUGCAUUCGGAGGAAAUAGUAGUUAUUUUUCAGCUGCUAAUGUUCCUUCUCAUAAAGAUUUUGUAGAUUUAGUUUAAGAAAAGUUAAGAAAAUAUCCUGAAUUUUUGUAAAGAAAAUUUACUGAAAAUAAAAAUAAAACUGUUUAUGUCGGUAAUGAUUUAAGAAUUAAUUAAGAUGCCGGUAAUGGAUAAUUUUAAGUAGGAAUAGGAUUUAAAAGCAUUAACUGGAAUCAUUAAGAUGUUGCUGUAAUAUAAGUUUUAUUAGUUCUAUUGGGAAAUUCUAGUUAUUUUUCAACUGGAGGACCAGGAAAAGGAAUGCAUUGUAGAACAACUAAAAAUCUUUUAAAUAAAUUUUAUUAUAUUCAAGGAGCUGAUAGUAUAUCAAAUAUUUUUACUGAUGGAGGUUUAUUUGCUCUUAAAGUUUCCGGAUUUCCACAAAAUGAAAAAUAAUUAUUAAAUAGUUGCAUUAAUGAAAUAAAAUUACUCACUUAACCUAUAAAUGAUAUAGAAGUUUAAAGAUCUAAAAAUAUUCUAAAAUCUCUUAUUUCUUUAUCUUUAGAAAGAUAAUAAGAUAGAUUAGAAGAAGUUACAAAACAUAUAUUGAAUUUUAAAUAAAUAAAAUUAAAUGAAAUUAAUUAAAUAAUUGAAAACGUAACUGGAUAAGAUAUUAACAGAGUAGUUAAAAAUAUGAUUGCUAAUUCUAGACCUACAGUUACUAUUAUAGGAGAAGGAGCAAAUAAUGCACCUUCUUUUGAUUAUAUUGCUUAAUCUUUGUUAUAAAUAUGAAUAAAAAAUAUUAUAAUUAUUUAAAAAAAAAAUUAUUUAUAUAUAUGUUAGUAUAUAUAUUUAUUUAGGCCUUUUAUUAAUAAAUAAAAAAUAUAAAAU